AGAAGGGUGGUUAGAGUCACAGAGGAUCCGCUCCCGCGAUCUGGAGGCGUGCAAGAUCUCUCCGCCGACUGCCCGGUUGUUCCAGGACCGGACGUUCAGCUUCAGCUGCAAGCGCCUCUCCUCCAAAAGCUGUUCUGCUUCAGACCCGUUUCUUUAAAUUAUCCCACGGUUGUGUGAGAGAAUGGGUUUACUGAGUCAUUUUCGCUGAAAUGAGAUCUUUUCUCUCUCUCUCUCUGCACCGCCACACGCGCGCGGGCCAAGAAAAUAUUCGCGCACAGGAUCUAAACAGCUCCCUGAAAUAUCGAUUGUGCAACUUGAGGGGAUUUUUUUGCAGUCGGAACAUUAGGCUCCUCCCACCCUAAAAUUCGGAUUUUUUAAAAGCUUGCAGGGGCACGAGCUUCCUCUCAAAAGAAACAAGACUGAAGGCUUGACUUCACGCCUCUUCUGUGUUCACCAUGCACACCCUGGAGACGCCGCAGAUUGAACAGUCACAGAUUUCUAUAUACCCUGACACGGUGCCAUAUGAAACAGACGCCUACUGCAAGCACCCAGCCACACUCUACUCGUAUUACGUGGCUGAUCCCGAACAGCCUGCAGAUCAUUACUGGACCGGGUCAGAACACCACGCCAUUGGCUACGACCACUUUGACGGAGGACAGUUUACCCAGCUUCAGAACGUAGCCGUCUCCCACCUACAGAGCCUGUACCCACAGUUCCCCCUGGAGGUGGUGGGUAACCCGGAGCCCCCACUGCCGAAUCACAACGCCUGCCCCUUGGACGAGGAGUACAACCAGGUAUUCCCAAUGCUGUACCCUACAUACCAGACGUCUGGUGACACCUCCAGCCCCUCUGUAUCGGAGGAUGAUGACUACAACGUGGGUAGCCCCGUGCUGGAGGUUUCCGACAGCGAAUUUGAUGAGAACGUCCCUCCCAGGGAAUCCUCAACACAUGAUGGAGGUGCCCGGAAGAAAGUCCGUCUCUACCAGUUCCUGCUGGAGCUACUGAAGAGCGGAGACAUGCGGGACUGCGUGUGGUGGGUGGACCGGGAGAAGGGCACCUUCCAGUUCUCCUCCAAGCACAAGGAGAUGCUGGCCCACCGCUGGGGCAUGCAGAAGGGCAACCGCAAGAAGAUGACCUACCAGAAGAUGGCUCGGGCCCUGAGGAACUACGGCAAGACGGGCGAGAUCCGCAAGAUCAAGAAGAAGUUGACCUACCAGUUUGACGGCAUGUUGCUGGGCCAGAAGAAGGUGGACUGUAAGACCAGCUACAUGCCCUAGAGACCCCGGAGAGAGCUGGAACAGAGUCUAAAUUUCAUAGAGACAAGAACGCCGGUUUUAACAAAGCAUUUACUUCCUUCUUCCCUUUUGCGAUGUGUUAGUUUGUCUUGAGAGAGCGCUGUUGAAAUUAUUGGCAUCUUGUUUUCCCAGGCUCACGGGCCGCGCUCCGAGUAAAGCUGUAGUGACCUCGUUCUGCCACGUUGCUCAGAAGGUUAAAGGCGGUUGUUUAAUAAAUUGGGAAGCUCCCCUUCCCCCCGAGGGGUAGAUGGAGAUAACUUCUGCGGUGCUUGAGAUGCGCUGAGAAGCGAUCAACUUAAAAUUGUUAGCUCUUUCUCUCCAGAGGCGGCCUCGCCUGAUAUCUGCAGCGUUUUCUGUGUUUUCUUUUAUAUAUUAGUAUCGGGGAGGGGGGGGGGUUUAAGUGGGUGGGGGAGGGAGGGGGAGUAGUGAUUGUAAAUUCAGCGAGGGAGGAGAAACUGGGCGUACUCUUGAACCAAUGAGCGAAGUUUGCAAGCACUCCCUUUGGCGAAGCGACGCUUCUGCCCCGCCGAGCAAACCAGAAGCAGCAGUUGUGAACUCAAUUGGCGAUUCCCAGUCAGGGCCUGAAACCCCGCUCGCCAGGGCUUUGUCAGGGGUAGACCGGGGGGGCUCGGGCUCGCUACCCUCUUGGCUCUUUAUGUCCUCUCUCUCUGAUCCUGGCCCGACCUGAAUCCGGAUCGCUCCGGGACUAGAGGGUUAUCAUAAAUACUGGAGUUUCUGUAUAUGCUGGAAAUCCAGAGGUUUAUCAGCACCCACCAGGUACGACUUGGAAGCCAUAGGAGAAGAAUAGUCCCAUUCGGCCCAUCGAGUCUGUUCCGCCAUUCCAUAUCGGCUGAUAUUUCCCUCUUGGUCCUAUUAUCCUACCUUCUCCCUGUAAUCUUUGAUGCCACUGCUGUCUGCGCAGAAGUCCAAAAGAAAGUCCUUGUCACCCAUCAAAGUGCUGGACAAAGUGUUGAGUAAAUCAGCAGAUUUUAAUUUUAAAAGCCGUUUUUUUAAAUUUUUCAUUCUAAUUUUAGUUUUAAAAUUUGGAUUUCUUAAAGCCGGUCCACAGAGAGUAUUUGAGCACCGCCUCGGAUUGAUUCGAUUGGUCUCAUGCCAAUCCAUCACGCAAAGCCGAUCCCCAAACCCCCUUUGGUCAACGCCCCGUCAAUCGGCCUUCCAUAUGUCCAAUUGGGCAUCUUGUAUCGUUAAAGGGGGGGGGGGGCGUAUCCCUAAUCACAUGGGGCCAUGAUCGAUGGGGUCCUUGUUGGUCAAUACGGGGCAAACUUAGAGGGUAAGUGACAUCUCGGAGGUGCAGCGAGCGCCCAGCGCACAGCCCCCAGCUCUCGGUGGGGAGUCGAUUUAAAAUGAGCAAGUCUCAGUGUUCGGUGUACA